CAAGUCACAAAUCAGGUGGAGUGCGAAUCAUUGACGUUUAGUCAUUUUGAAUUGCAAUAAAAUUAACGAGCGAGAUAGUUUUAAUUUAAUACCUAUAUUUACGAAUUUUCUCUAGAAUAUACACGUUAUCAUAAAAAUUUCUAAAAUACAUACAUUUUAUGAAAAAUUCUCAAUCUACACAUGUUUGGACCGAGAUGAUGUCCAAACCUGUGUAAAUUAAAAAAAUUUCACCAAACGUAGAUAUUUUGGGAUUUUGGAAUUUUCACGUGUAUUUUGAAAAAUUUUCCUCUCGACCAGGCUCCGCCCAUCUCCAGAGUUCUAGAGCUGAUUUUUCCAAACUCUUUUCCCUUCUUCCUGUGCUAUCCAUCGGCUCGAGCUCAAUGGCUUGGAAGUACGAUAGCAACAAGUUCGUCAUGUUCAGGAUCACUCUUCCAUGAAACCGCUCGACUUGCUGCUAGUCAGAGCCCGCUAAAUGAGCGAUGCUCCCCAAAUAUGAAGCUUGCAGUGCUGGGUAAGUCCCCAACCUUGAAAUCAAUCAAGCAAUAUAGGGUUCGUUCCGAUGUACAUUUGUGGCCGAGGGCUGCGCUUCCUUAGCCGCGUUGCAAAUGGUAAGAAUAGGAACACCAACUGGGAUCCUACGGUGGCCCUGGAGCUCAAUCAUCCGUCCCUUGUUUUGCUCGAGAAAUGCAAUGAUGGGGUUCAGUUCAAACAGGUAUUGGCGCAGGUAUUGAGAAGUAAUCUCAUUGGACAGACUUUCCCCAUGAGUCGACUUAUUUACUUCUCCGCGAUUUCGUACCCUGAGAAUCUCGAUUUGGCUUUGAUUCUCUUUGAACGGUUCACUCCUAGGCCCAAUCUGUUCAUUUACAACACCAUGAUAUCUGCUCUGUGCCCUGCAGUCAAACGGUCAUUCGGCGUGUAUGGUUCCUUGCUCUCUUCUGGUGUUUUCCCCGACGAGAAUACACUGCUUUACCUUCUGCGUGCCUCUAAAUUUGGCGCGGAAUGGAUGCAGAUACAUUGUCAUGCUAUAGUUUUCGGGUUAUUAUCUUAUGGGUACCUGCAAAAUUUCAUUCUUAAGGUUUACUUGGAGAGUGGAUUGACGUUUCUUGCACGUAAGCUGUUUGAAUGCAUGUCUAGCCCGGAUAUUGUUUCGUUCAAUACCAUGAUUAAUGGUUAUGCCAAGCAAGGGUGCCCCUUCGAAGCUCUACAGCUUGUCCUUCGGAUGGAUGGUCUGGACGUUGAGCCUGAUGAUUUCACAAUGUCGGGUCUUUUAGUUUGCUGUGGUCAAUUAGGGGAUGUUAAGUUGGGGAAGGCUGUUCAUGCUUGGAUAGGUAGGAGAAACUCUUUCGGUUCGUCAAAUUUGAUAUUGAGUAAUGCUCUUCUUGACAUGUAUGUGAAGUGUCGUGAGUUGAAAGUUGCUGAGAGGUUGUUUCAGACUUUGAAGGAGAAGGAUAUUGUUUCAUGGAACACUAUGGUUGCUGGGUGUGCCAAGCUUGGUGAUUUGGAGCUUGCACGUGCUUUUUUUAAUCAAAUGUCUACUCCUGAUAUGUUUUCUUGGAAUUCAUUGAUUUCUGGCUAUGCUUGUUAUGGUGACUUUACAAUGAUUAAAUCAUUAUUGCAUGACAUGGGAUUGCAAAAUAUUAGACCUGACAGUGUCACAAUGGGCUGCUUGGUAUCUGCAGCAGCAGAGUAUGGAGGUCUGGAACAAGGUAGGUCGGUGCAUGGAUUGUUAAUUAGAUGGAAAAUGGACAUUGAUGCUAAUCUCGGUUCAGCACUGGUUGAGAUGUAUUACAAGACUGGAAAUUUGGAAAAAGCUUUCAACAUAUUCAAGACUGUUACCAGAAAGGAUGUCACGUUGUGGACAACAAUGAUAAAUGCAUUUGCUUUUCAUGGUUAUGGAAGUAAAGCACUAAAACUUUUCUCCAAGAUGAAGGAAGAGCUAAUUCCAAACGAAAUUACUUUUAUCGCUGUCCUUGCAGCUUGUAGUCAUUGUGGUUUGGUGGAUCAGGGGAUUAAGAUAUUUAACUGUAUGGCAAGCUAUGGCAUUGAACCUGGUGCUGAGCACUAUGGUUGUUUGGUUGAUCUUUUAGGGAGAUCAGGAAGGUUGGGCGAAGCAAAACUAGUUAUUGAAAGAAUGCCAAUGAAACCAACUCGAUCAAUCUGGGGUGCAAUACUGAAUGCUUGUCAAUCACAUGGAGAUGAGGAAAUAGCGGAGAAAGCUUUGACGGAGCUUCUAAAAUUAGAGCCGGAUGAUGAUGGGGGAUACAUGCUGUUGUCUAACAUGUAUGCCGCUGAAGGGAAGUGGUGUAAUUCUAACGAGAUAAGGGAGGCUAUGGGAAGUAAAGGAGUGAAGAAGACUGCAGGAUGCAGUUCUCUGGUUGUGGAUGGAGUAACCCACAGUUUUGUGGCUGCUGAUAAAAAGCAUCCAAGAUGGGUUGAGGUCAGGUCCAUCACAAACUUUCUGAAGGGUGAAAUGGAUGUAAAGGCUGAUUUUCCAUUGUUCUCCAUGCAUCCUUCAUUAGGUUCAGACUGAUGCUGCUUGAGGAAAAUCUAGCCGGAGAGAGACAGUCACUUGUUUAUGAAGUCGCUUGGCUGAGAAAACCAAGUUUGGGUCCUUUCAAACAAUAGAGAAAUGGUCCAACAAAAUGGGCACUGCCUGUGCGCUUGAUUUUCAGCGGAUAUUGCUUGGAAGUAGCUCUUAACAUUGGGUUCUGCUGUUUACUGCUGCAAUGAAGAUGGCUAGGAGGGAAGAAAACAUAGUAGCCCUCCUCUGUAAAAGUAAGUCACUUGUUUCUCUUCUGUUACUAAUAUUUGCCAUUUCCUCAAUCCCACCCCAUCCCUUACCAGACAAGAGUUUUUUGUAUUUUUUAAUAGGCGAUUUUUUUAUCCUUCCAUAAUAUGUUAGCAGACAGCUUGGAGUCGAUAAGUUUGUCAUUUUCUUCCUAUGCUCUGGUGAAGAAAGGAAGGAAGUACUUGUUUAAUUGAACUAUCCGGAGUUGUUUGUUCAAAAUGUGUUGAUUUCGCAAUUUCUUGCUGUAUAUUCUUCCUCAAUUAAUCUGGUUCAAAACUUCAAAUUUAAUAAUUGAACUUGGUAAAA